CGGAUCAAGGGGGCAAGGCGCCGCAAAGUAUAAAUACUGUGACUUCAAUAGAGGAUCACCAGCAGGUUCCCAACUCCGCUACCAAAGGAGGGAGGAAUUGGCUGAGAAGAUAUAUUCUUUAUAUAUUUUUUACCUUCUUCCAGAGUUGGCAGCAUCAUCUCGUAGGCUAUCAUUUUCAAGGGGUCGACUUUAAAACGAGCCACACCAUUGAUGUCUUAAGCUGUCGUGGAGCAAAGGGAGAGAGAGUGUGAGUGUGUGUGGUGAUUUUUUUUUUAAAAGAGGAGUAAAGGCAGUGAUGGAAGAGCUCACCGCUUUCGUGUCUAAGUCUUUCGAUCAGAAAGUGAAGGAGAAGAAGGAAGUGAUAACCUACAGGGAGGUGUUGGAGACCGGGUCGACGCGAGCAGGGAGCAGGGAGUCUUUAACCGCGGAGCCAGGGAGCCGAGAGGAGGCUGCAGCCGUCACCCGGAACGGUGCGCUCUCGCCGGGCAGGGAAACGGACAUGCUCGGCCCGGAAAGAAUCAGGGACGCCGGGAGCCCCAAACUCAUAGACGGCAACACGGACGUGAAAGAAAGGAAAGAGGACUCGAAACCUUUAGAGGACGAGGCACAGACUAAAAUCAAACAGAGGAGAAGUCGGACUAACUUCACAUUAGAGCAGCUCAACGAGCUGGAGCGGCUCUUCGACGAGACCCACUACCCGGACGCCUUCAUGCGGGAGGAGCUUAGCCAGCGACUGGGACUGUCGGAGGCCCGAGUACAGGUUUGGUUCCAGAAUAGAAGAGCCAAAUGCAGAAAGCAGGAGAACCAGUUACAUAAAGGAGUCCUGAUUGGAGCAGCGAAUCAGUUUGAAGCUUGUCGUGUAGCGCCAUAUGUCAACGUGGGGGCUUUACGGAUGCCAUUCCAACAGGAUAGUCAUUGCAACGUGCCGCCCUUCUCCUUUCAGGUGCAGGCGCAACUGCAGCUGGACAGCGCCGUAGCUCACGCUCAGCACCACCUGCACUCUCACCUGGCAGCGCACGCACCCUACAUGAUGUUCCCCGCGCCGCCGUUCGGGCUGCCCCUGGCGACGCUCGCGGCCGAGUCUGCCUCCGCAGCCUCCGUUGUGGCUGCCGCUGCCGCCGCCAAGAACACCAGCAAGAACUCCAGCAUCGCCGACCUGAGACUGAAGGCCAAAAAGCACACGGCCGCACUGGGACUGUGACGCCAGGGAGACUGGUGGACACGAGGCGCUCACGCGCCAUCUGCCACGUCCUCGCGACUGAGAGACACUGAAUUUAAACGCUUACAAAGUGAAUUAAUCCAAGAACAAAGUGAGAAAAAAUUAUCCAAGGACGAUAUUUAUGUUUUGUUUUUUAAAUGAAGGACGGCGAGUGUAACUAUAAAAAUAUAGGCUAUUUAUGAGACAAAGAAAAGACAAUUAAAAAAGAGACUGUGACGUGGAUAGCCUACACAGAUGUGAUAAUUGGACGCCGAAUAAAGUGGCGGAUGGGAUGGAUAGCAAGGCUACGCAGGGCCCUUCUCUGCAGCCACAUGGCUGAGGAGGGCGGCGGGACACCCCGAGGAGGAGGAGGAGGAUGCAGCUGGGAUGGUCGAUACUUUGUCAAACAAGGCGGACCAUUCUGCAGUUGUUCUGUUUUAAUAUUAUAUUAUUAUUGUUAUGAUUUCAUUUUGAACCUAGAGGCUGGCCUCGUUAUAAAACACUUUCUCUGUAAAAGGACAGAGCGGGGAUUCUUUGACAAAACAGAGACAAAAAAAUGACAAUUUUCGAAGUGUUUCUCCCUCUUCUGUUUCUUGUCCAAAAUUCAAAAUGCCCAAGCAGUGUUUGCAUGAGUUUGUCUUCACGGAUGACGUGAUGUGAGCCAUCUCUCCUCCCUACUUUCUCUCUCUCUCUCUCUCCCUCUUUCCUCCCCACUCUGAGGAAGGGUAAUUCUCACUUGAAUGUUUGGCCUAUAUUUGACCUUGUUUGGACCUCCUCUGGUAAAGGUGAAACUAUAGGCAACACACCAGAAAUGUGAGAUUAUAAUAUAUGUGUAGGCUAUGCUGAACUUUUUGUCAGGAUAACCCGAUCUAGUGUCCAUAUAAGGUGGUGAUUUGUCCCCUUUUUAAAGGAGCAUUAUGUCAUCUUAUAACACAGUGAACACACGAACAAAUGACAGUUACACAAGGACUGUAUGCGAAUCGGUACGGGCACGUGUAAAAUAUGUUUAUACACAAGAAACAUGCAUUAUUUUUAUUAUUUAGUGGCUUUAUGAAUGCCUUGUGGGGAAUUUGAUCAUUUUGUAUUUUACUUUAUUUCCGUGUAUUAAAAAAAUCAUGUGCUUUCUGUAUGUAAUUUUGAUGUUUUUAUAACAGUGAAAGUGAACUUACCUGAGGCACAGGUUUCUAAAAAAAAGAAUACUCAUGAAAUUGUUUUACUUUUUCCAUCACAUGUGAAACGUGAAUCCACCUAAACAAAAUGUUUUUCGUUCCUAUAAUAAAUUAACUAAAGUUUCU